CCAUUCUUCCCUGCUGCCGCCCAACCGCUCUCCGCCUCUCUGUAUCCGUACGGAGCAUUUGCACCAGGUUUCUGCUUUUCGCGUACCGUCCCGCCAGGUGGCUCUUACCGCCUCUGCUGGCUGGUCAGGUAUUCGUUGCGUAUCCAUCUGUACCGUGCGUACCUUGGCUGA